CAGGGUCAGUUGGAGGGUGUGGGUGCCGGCCACACCUUCUGGAGCGGUCGCUCAAAGGCAGAGCGACAAAAUGCUGGUGUCAUCUUUGCCAUCCGGAACGACAUUGUGGGACGGCUGCCCUGUAUACCAGAAGAUGUGGUGACAAAGACAGGUUCCUCAGAAUUUAAAGGACACGACCAUCGUCAACUUCUAAAAGCGGGAAGGGAACCGGCAAUGACCAACGGAAUAAAGCGGGGCUGCGUACUAGCUCCCAUCCUCUUCCCUCUUAUGUGCUCUGCCAUGCUGGUGGACGCCUACCGUGAUGAGUGUCCUGGGAUCCGCAUCGCUUACGGAACUGACGGUUGCUUUCUCAAUAGUCGGCCUAACGUGUGUGUCUACUACUUCAGUCUAGAGCCUGCUUUUCACUGA